AUGGCCAUACAAAUGAAAAGACAGACCGGCUUAGCAAAAACUACAAAACCUCCAAUCACCAAUUCCGAGGACGUAAAAAUUAAAGAAUUGAAAUACAAGAACAUUCAAUACGCCUUGGAAGAAGCUGUGCUGAGUGAUUCUGUGGCUCUGUUACGUCACUUUCUCCAGAAGAAAUAUGAAUGUUCUGAAGAACCUCAACAAGACGUCAACAUGAAGGCGGGAGACGUGUUAGAGUUUGUACAUGAUCUGUCAAGUGGCAGGAGCACGCCUUACAUCGGGGCCCUGGGUCAGUACGUAUGGACCAAUACUAGCGACAACACAGGCAAAAUGAGGACACAGUAUUCGUUUGGAAUUAUGGGAUAUAAUGGAACAACUACAAAGAUAGGUAACUGUUCCUUUGUGGGGAGGAACGUGACGAUUUUGGACACUAAGUUGAUGCCUGCCCCUGACAAAAGUUUGGAUAAAGUGCUGGCAGGCCAAAUGUUUACGGUCAUCACGCGUGUUGAACCCCCAUUUGUGCUGAAAACAGGGGUUGGUAAAUACGAAGGGUUUUCCGUUGAUGUCUUAGAAGAGAUUGCGUCUAUGAUGAACUUCAACUUCGAAAUAAAGGAACUGGACAGCUUUACAAACAACAAGAGCGAUGUUACAGCCGACUGGGACACCAUUAUAAAACAACUGAUUGUAGGGAAUGCGUCUAUGGCGAUUGGUUCCUUGGCGGUUAAGUCAAGCAGGGAGGAACAAAUUUCUUUCUCCUAUACAAUUAUUUCUUCUACCAUCAGCAUGCUCUCAAAACGACCAGUCAACUCGCCUGUCCUCUUUCAAUUUCUGUGGCCAUUUAGUUGGCAGCUCUGGGUAGUCAUUAUUGCCUUCUACGUCGUCGCAGGUGGGGCACUAUGGGCCAUGAGUAAAUAUGACGUCACUCAAAAUGGUUCAGAGCAACAGUUCAAUUUGAAAGAAAGUAUUUGGUACUCCGUUAAUCUUUUCCUUGGAGGGGGCACCGAGUAUUCUCCGCAGACGACAUCGAUGAGGACGAUGGUGGCCUUUUUCUGGUUCUGUACGCUUGUGAUCACUGCUGCCUACACCGCUAACCUGGCGGCGUACCUGACUCUACAACAGCAAGACACACGCAUCAAGACCGUGGAUAAACUCUCUAAACAGAUGACCGUGAAGUACGGGCUGCAGAAAAACAGCGACCUGAUGCAUUUCUUCAAAGAUUCCUCGAUGGAUCCGUACGAACGAAUGUGGGCCACCAUCAAACUGGAGGAGGAGACCCGACUAGUUCCGGAUAGAGAGACUGGUGUUAGGAUGGUCAAAAAUGGCGUGAACGGAAGUGACUUCAUAUUCCUUGAUUUGGCCAAAAUAAACGAGUACACGGCUUUACAAAGAUGUGACAUGGAAUCGUACGAUCAGAAUUUCAAGGAAACUAAGUUUAGCAUGGGGUUUCCUGAUGGCGCUCCGUAUAAGGACGAUAUCAACAGAGCCAUUUUGAUUCUGAAAGAAAGAGGGCGUCUUGAUGCUUUAAUCGACAAAUGGUGGGCGAUUCCGAAGACAAGAGAAUGUGCGGACUACGUCCGGCCAGAAGACAUGAAGAAACCGACAGCGGAACUGGACCUGGACAACAUGCUGGGUGUGUUCAUCAUCCUGAUGGCGUGCGUCAGUCUGUCCGUCAUCAUCGAGGUCUCCAAGAGAAUCAGGAUGAUCUUCAACGGACGGAGGAAGAAAGUCUGAGAAUGAUGGGGACUUCUUUUGGUGCCGUAAAGUUUGAAAUUGCGAAGGCACUAUCUGGAUUGAAAAUUGAAUCUUUUUUGUACUUUUUAACAAAGAAGUCCAGUUUGGAAAAGACAUCUUGGAUUAAAAGGGACAUCGAAAGUAUACCCUGUGAAUGUAGGAACAGUUCUUGGUGUUUCUUCAUAAAUACCCAUCUGUUCAUUGAACAAUAAACGACUUUAUAACAUUUAUGGAGUUAUGUAUCUGGAAAUUGGAUUUGCAAAUACGUUCAUUAUAUCUUCAAUCUACUUAUCUUUUCAUUCAUUAAUUCAAUUAUUACAAUGUCACUACGAAACUGUUAUUGAAUUUAUUUAAGAUACAUGAGUGUAUAUAUUAAUUUUAAAAUGAUAACUAUUUGUAAAAUAAAAUUAAUUUUUUA